AUGGCAGGACUUUGUCUUGUUUACUUUGGACUUAUCAUCUGGAGGGACCAAUCACUGGAUUACAGAGUAAAUAUCUUCCUUCGUCAGAAAUGGAACGAACCUCGCCUUGCAUAUAGUGAAUACCCUGAUGAUUCUUUAGACCUAGACCCUUCCAUGUUGGAUUCCAUUUGGAAACCUGAUCUAUUCUUUGCCAAUGAAAAGGGCGCCAACUUUCAUGAAGUUACAACAGACAACAAAUUGCUAAGAAUUUUCAAAAAUGGAAAUGUUCUUUAUUCAAUAAGAUUGACAUUAACACUGUCCUGUCCAAUGGAUCCCCAAAAUUUUCCAAUGGAUGUUCAAACAUGUAUAAUGCAAUUGGAAAGCUUUGGGUACACAAUGAAUGAUCUCAUUCUUGAAUGGCAAGAUGAAGCACCCGUACAAGUGGCAGAAGGACUUACUUUGCCCCAAUUUCUGUUGAAAGAAGAGAAAGAUUUACGAUACUGCACUAAACAUUACAAUACAGGAAAGUUCACAUGUGUCGAAGCACGAUUCCAUCUUGAACAACAAAUGGGAUACUAUCUAAUUCAGAUGUAUGUUCCCCAUCUCCUGAUUAUUAUUCUCUCCUGGGUUUCAUUCUGGAUUAAUAUGGAUGCGGAUCCGGCCAGGGUCGCUUUGGGAAUAACCACUGUGCUGACUAUGACCACAUACAGUUCGGGAUCCCAAGCCUCCCUACCAAAGGCAGCCAGUGAAAACCCUGUGGAUCCCAACAGCACACUGUCCUAUACAGUACUGGAUGACGAGCCCCUCGGGCUGGAAGCCGACCAGAACACAUGGUGGUCACAGCAAUGGACUCAAGCCGACCGACAAUCAUGA